GACGGCAGAGCCUCCUACCUCAAGCCUGGGCUAGGAAGGCCAUUGUGACAGUUUCAUCUAGCAGCUCCAACCACACAUUCUCAUCCACAAUGGCGACUGGAAACCCUUACACCCUGAAAUGGGGCAUCAUGGCCACUGGCGGAAUCGCAGAGACCUUCUGCAAGGAUCUUUUGUGCGAUCCCGCGGUUCGAGGCGCCAACGAUGUGCGUCACGAAAUUGUUGCCGUGUCCUCUUCUAGCAGCAGCCAGAGGGCGGCAGAGUUUCUCCAGAGAAUUGACGGUGCCUUUGACGCCAAGACGUAUGGAUCGUACGCAGAACUGGUUGUCGACCCCAACGUCGACAUCAUUUACGUAGCAACUCCUCACAGCCACCACUUCCAGAACACCAUGCUGGCAUUGGAGGCCGGCAAGCAUGUCUUGUGUGAAAAGGCGUUCACCGUGACCGCUGCUCAGACCCGAAAGCUGGUUGAGACGGCCAAGGCAAAGAACCUGUUCUUGAUGGAGGCUGUGUGGACGCGGUAUUUCCCACUGAGCAUCAAGGUCCGAGAACUCAUUACCUCUGGCGAGAUUGGCACUGUCUUCAGAACAAUUGGUGAUUUGUCAAUCAACUUGCAUGCAAAGGAGGGUAGCGGCCUGCAGUUCUCGGACUCUCAUCGGAUGGUCAACCCUGAUCUCGCAGGCGGAGCAACUCUGGAUCUCGGAGUCUACCCCCUAACCUGGGUGUUCCAGACCUUGUAUCACUUACAGCCAGAGCAAGAUAAGGAGGCUCCAACGGUGAUUGCUUCCAGCAACAAGUAUACCACCGGUGCAGAUGAAAACACAGCUAUCAUCUGCAGCUUUCCCGGCCACAACACCAUUGGCAUUGCCUCGACGACCAUCCGAGCGGAUACCGACCCCGAGAACCUCAUCCCGGCGGUGCGAAUCCAAGGAUCAGAGGGAGAGAUCCAAGUCUUCGCCCCAGCCUACCGACCGCUCAAGUACAAGGUGGUGAAGAGGAAUGGCGAGGCUCAGACAUUCGACUAUCCCCAACCCGCGGACCCUGCGCGCAAGAACUGGGGCCACGGCAUGUUCUGGGAGGCGGACGAGUGCGCUCGGUGCUUGCGUGAUGGCAAGUUGGAGAGCGCCACGUUGCCCUGGAAGGAGAGCAUCGUCAUCAUGGAGACGAUGGAGGAGGCGUUGAAGCAGGGUGGCAUCACGUAUCCAGAACUGAUUACCACGGAUGUCUACGACCCCAAGAGCCCUCUGAACACGGGGAACCAGUGAAAAGGAGAGUGGAGACGUGAAUAAUAGUAAAACUUGGUAAAUUGGAAAACGCCAGAAAGCUGGCUGCCGUACUAGCUUCGAG